AGAGAUGAGUCAAUAGAUAGGAGGGAUUGCUGGGGGGGGCAGCUUGGGGGGGGGGGCAUGUUGUCAUCAUGAGGCAUUAAAAAGCAGAGAGCAGCUCUGAGGAGCAGAGAGGAGGUGUCAGAUGUUCCACCUGUUCUCCUCUCCGCUCAGACCUUCAGCUCCAUCAUGCCCAGAGGAUUUCUGGUCAAAAGAAACAGAAAGUUGGUCCCGGUCUCCUACCGGCUCCGCUGUGAGGAGCAGCAGCAGCAGCAGCAGCAGCAGCCACCACCGCAGCCACAGCAGGCAGCAGCCGGAGAGGAGNNNCGCGCGCGCGGCAGCCGCGCUCUCCGCUUAGUGCCGGUGCGCGCGGACACGCCGACGCUGACCUGCGGAGUCUCCGCCCCGGAGUCUGACCUCAGACCGGGCCGUUACUUGGUGAACCAGACUCUGUGCAGUCCGAGCCCCGGGAGCCGCGACCACGGCCGCUCCUGCCUCGACUCCCCGGUGUCCGCGGAGUCUUUUCCGACACUCUUCUCCCCGGUGGACCUGAAGUUUUGCUCCCGCACCAGCAGCCGAGGCUGCACCACAUCAUCAUUAUCCUCCUCCUCCUGCUCCUCCUCCUGCUGCUCCUCUUCAUCUUCCAGCGGCACCCGGCGGCCGUGUGGCAGAACCGCGGCCAGAAAAGCCAAAACUAUUCGGAAACUGCACUUUGAAGAUGACGUCACCACAUCACCGGUACUUGGCCUGAGAAUCAAAGAGCUGCCGAUGGACCGGAAGUGCAAGGACCAGCCCCUCGGUGAGUUCGUGUGCCAGCUCUGCCGUGAAGCGUACGCGGACCCGUUGUCGCUGGCGCAGCACAGAUGUUCCAGGAUCGUCCGCGUGGACUACCGCUGUCCAGACUGCGACAAGGUCUUCAGCUGUCCCGCCAACCUGGCGUCGCACCGUCGCUGGCACAAACCCAGGCAGCAGCAGAGCAGCGUGGCGGCAGAAGGCGACAAGGCGGCGGCGGCGGCAGCGGCAGCGGCUGCCGCAUCCGGUGAGAGCGCGCGAGACGAAGAGAAGGAGUGCAGCGGCCGGGACACACCGAGCCCCGGACCCUCAGAGUCCGGCUCAGAGGAGGGUCUGUUCAAGCGGCAGACGCUCCUGAAGGAACGCCUGGUGGCGCAACACGCGUCCCCCGCGGAGGAGAACGUCUCAGGGGAGGCGCAGGGCGCAGACGCGGCGGGAGCGCCGCUCAACCUGAGCGCCUCCAGCUGUCACGUGUGCCCGGUGUGUGGGGAAAAGUUCUCCAGCAGGGGGAGCCAGGAGCGCCACGUGCGCCUCCUGCACGCCGCGAGCGUGUUCGUGUGUAAACACUGUCCCGCUGUUCUGUUCACCCCCCCCGGACUGAGCCGCCACAUCCACGAAUGUCACCCGUCAGAGGAGCGGGGAGUGACGCUGCUGCAGGUGGAGCCGGCCUGCUGAGGCAGCACACACACACACACACACACACACACACACUGAUGUCCAACUCUUGGUCGAUGAUUUUAUUUAAAACAAAUGACUUUUCAUCACAUUUAAAUUUAAAAAAGGGUUUCAUAUAGAAAUAAAUUCAUUUGUGUCUGCCAGCCUGUAGAGGUCAGUGUGGAGGUCGAUGCCUUGCUCAGGGGCACACAGCCAGGUGCCUUUUCUGUGUUAGAAACCCACUAAACCACACUCACACAUUUUCCUUGGUUCUUUCAAAAUAAAAGCAUUUAGAAUGUAGCGUUAGCUUUUAGACUUAAGACAGGGGGCGCUGUCUGUCACUCUGAGUAGCUUCACUUAGCUUUUGAAUCUGUAGCUCAGUAGACUACACUGACUGACUGACUGACUGACUGACUGUCUGACUGUCUGACUGACUGUCUGUCUGACUGACUGACU